UGCGGAAAAUGUCCUACCCAGUUUACCCUUCCUAUGGACCUCCGGGACAGGUUUUUACGCAGCAACCGUACCCUAAUCAGCAGCCUGUCAUUAUCUACCAACAACAUCCCCAACAGCAACGUCAAUCGUCGGGACCCAGUUGCUGUGACUGUUGUGCUUGCUGUCAAUGCUGUUUAAUGUGCUGCGCGUGCAGUUAUUUGCUCACUUGUUGGGCAGAGCUGUGCUGCAAUUUGUUGGAUUAA